CCCUGUCUAGUCUCUCCCGUAUCGUAGUUUCUAUCUUCACAGUCCGAGCUUUUGAUUUGGCGCACAGAGAGACAUGGCAGUUGUUGACUCCCUCGUGCACUCAGCGUCCCUGCGACUCUCGUCUUCUUCAUCGCCAUCGUCGAAGUCUUCUCUCUUCGCGGGGUCCCCACUCGCUCUCUCGCCCGCUUUUGUUUCUGUGAAGCAGACUUGUCCGAACAGGCGACUGGUGAUUGUUUCCAAGAGGAUAUCCGGCUUGGAAGAGGCCAUGAGAAUCAGGAGAGAACGUGAACUUCAAAGCACAAAAAGGUUAAGAAGAAGGCCACCGUUAAGGCGUGGAAGGGUAUCUCCGCGUCUUCCUGUGCCUGAUCACAUACCAAAGCCUCCUUAUUUUGGUUCUCCAUUGCUUCCAGAGCUUGCUAGUGAACAUCAAGUUCAUGAUUCUGACAGCAUUGCUCACAUGAGAGCUGCAUGUGAGCUUGCUGCGCGUGUCCUUGAUUAUGCGGGGACAUUGGUCAAGCCGUCAGUGACAACAGAUGAAAUAGAUAAAGCAGUGCAUCAGAUGAUUAUUGAAGCCGGUGCUUAUCCUUCACCUCUUGGCUAUGGAGGAUUUCCCAAGAGUGUAUGCACAUCAGUUAAUGAAUGCAUGUGCCAUGGAAUACCAGAUUCUCGUCAACUACAGGAUGGCGACAUUAUAAACAUCGACGUGACUGUCUACUUAAAUGGUUAUCAUGGAGACACAUCAAGGACAUUCCUCUGUGGGAAUGUCAGCGACGCGCUUAAAAACCUCGUGCAGGUUACUGAAGAGUGCAUGGAAAGAGGCAUAGCAGUUUGCAAAGAUGGUGCAAGUUUUAAGAAAAUUGGGAAGAGAAUAAGUGACCAUGCCGAGAAAUAUGGUUAUGGAGUGGUCGAGCGGUUCGUUGGGCAUGGAGUAGGAACCAUAUUUCAUUCUCAGCCAAUCAUUUACCAUCAUCGGAACGAAGAGCCUGGAACCAUGGUUGAGGGACAGACCUUCACAAUCGUAGCUGAAAUAUUAUCUCGACGAUUUACCGUAAAAUAUUCGUGCGCAGAACCGAUCCUUUCAUUGGGAAGUAUAGAGUGCAGAACAUGGCCGGACAAUUGGACAACUCUCACAGCGGACGGCAGCCCUGCCGCACAGUUCGAACACACCAUUUUGAUCACUAGAACUGGAGCUGAAAUUCUGACCCAGUGUUGAGAAAAACAAUAUUUGUCCCUCAUUUUUCUUUUUGGGGUAUUAGCAGCAGUUCACUUUAGCUCCCCAUGUACUUCAAGCAAGUGUACAGAAAGUUCCUCAAUUUAUUUGUAACACGCCUAAGCACGUUUAAUUUGACAAGUUAUUUGACUUACUCAAGUUCGCAUGAUAUAUUUAAAUUCAUUUUGGCAAUGUCGACAUAU